UUGGAUUUGGUUUGGAUUUUGUGGGGUGGGAAAUCGUCGCUGGCGCUCGCUCUCGCUCUGUUAUUGAGUUGUGCAUUCCUUUGCAAUGAGUUUGUAUUAUAUGGUGUUAAUUGUGGGGCGGAACGGGGCGAUUUUGGAGGUUAUCCACUUCGGUGACCCAUUGGGGCCUGGGUCGGCGCGCGAUCCCGGCGAUUGGUGACUGAGGAGCGUCUUAAAGGCGGCCCCAGUCUGGGGGCCGCUGCUAGACGUCUGUGUUGUGAGCUUGGAUUUGGUUUGGAUCUUGUGGGGUCCGAAAUCGUCGCUGGUGCUCGCUCUCGCUCUGCAUUUCAGUUGGAAUGUACGCUACAAUUACGUUUCGUCUGAAGAAUUAAUUCGGGAGGAAAACAAUGUGCAGUUUACUCGGGGGAAAAUAUUCGGCGGCCGCCGAGGUCGGAACUUUCGCCAGCGUCGGCUCUGGCGCGCCUGCAAGUUCCUGAGGGUCCUGUAUUGAUGUUGGGUACCCGAUGGAAUAGCCUGCGGCUUGAAAACGGGCCGCCUGAGGACAACCAAUGUGAUGACCCAGGGUCGGCGUCCAACCCCGCAGUUGGUGACUGAGGGGCGUCCUAACAACACGUUCCCGGGUGGCGUGGCGGCCCCCUCCGUUGCUGACGGCGCGUGGGUGGGCCGCGGCGUCAGUCUCCCCGUGCAGUGGGGCGGGCAUGACUUCACGCUGGCGGCAGCCUACUAUCCGUUGGCAAGUCCUGAGCAACGUGCCUUCACCCAGCAAUGGGUGGCGUCGGCGGUUGGCGGUGAGGGCAAUCACCUGCUAGCUGCUGACUUCAACUUUGUUAGCGACGUGGCGCUUGACACGGCCAGCGGUGUCCCGCGGCCGGGUGACCCCGCCGCAGCGGCAGCGCUGGCGGCUGCGUGCCCUGGUCUGAUCGACGUCCUCCGAGUGCGCCGGCCUGGCCAGCGUGUUUGUACUUACAUUCAUUCGCACGGCGCGUCGCGCCUUGACCGCAUUCUCUGCAGUGGCAGCCUCGUGGCCCAGGUCCUGGCCUGCGCCGUGGAGGCGGGUGUCCCGUCCGACCACCGCCUGGUGACGCUGACGCUGGCAGCGACGCCGGAGGCCCUGCCACCUUCUCCAGGCCUGCCCAAAGCUCGCCUGGGGUUCCUCGACUUCAAGGACCUGACAAAGGAUUACCGGACAUGGCUGACUGCGGCGCUUGGAGCCCGGCCGGGUGCCCCAGCUGAGCUGCUGGCGUGGUGGCCGCAGCUCAAACGGGCAGCGGCCGCGUCAGCUGCCCGGCUGAGCCGCGUGGCGGCCGUCCGCCGCAUUGCAGCCAGUGAGGAAGAAGCGCGUGCGCUCGCGGCUGCUGCUGCCGCCGCGGCCGCAGUGGAGGUCGGUGCGGCGCUGCCGGAGGCCGCAGCGGCGGCGGUGCGCGCGCGGUGUGCCGCCGCCACCGCCGCGGUGCAGGCUGCCGCGGGGGCGGCGCGCCGCACGCGUCACGAGUGGUUACGGGGUGGGGAAAAGCCAUGCCCGGUGCUGACCCGCAUGCUGCGCCCGUCAGGUGGGCCGCGUACCAUAGCCCGGCUCAAACGCCCCGAUGGCAGCGCUACCUCGGACCCAACCGUGAUGGGCCAGGUCAUGGCAACCUACUGGCAAGACGUCUGUGCGGCGCCGCCGCCUGCCCCAGCCGCCCGCGCGCAAGUGCUGGCCGCGCUGCAGCAACACGGCCGCCGCUGCACGACGGAGGAAGCCGCGCAACUCGGGCAACUUGCCGUCACCGCCGCGGAGGUGCGCGCUGCGUUGGCCGCCGCGCCGGCGGGGCGCGCCGCGGGCCCUGACGGCAUUCCCGUGGAGUUGUAUCAGUACUAUGAAAGUGACUUCUCACCUGUGCUGGCUGAUGUGUUUACUGCUGUUGGCGAGGGGGCAGGGGUCCCUGACCCUGAGCAAACUGCCUUCCUGUCUGACCGCCGCAUUGCUGAUAAUGUACUGCUGCUGCAACUGACUCCUGGGUUGCUGAAAGCGGCGGGACAGAAUUCUGGUGUGGCGGCCUUCCUGGACUUUUACAAGGCGUAUGAUACGGUGGACCGGUCGUUUCUCCUCGCCUGCCUUGAACGUAUGGGCGUGGGGGCCGGCUUCUUGACGUGGGUGUCGCGGCUGCUGACUGACACGCGUGGGGCGGCGCUGGUUAAUGGACGUGUGUCUGGUUGGGUGCCGCUGGCGGCAGGAGUCCGGCAAGGGUGCCCGCUGGCCCCGCUGCUGUACCUCGCCAUUGCGCAAGCCCUGUUGUCGUGGCUGCGCAGUAAGGGGCAUGGCGUGCUUGCUGGUCUGGCCUCGGCUUUGGCGUCCCAAUAUGCGGAUGAUUGUACGCCGUUUCUCGCGGGCAUGCAGGCUGUGCCGGGGUUCCUGGCGGACAUGGACGUUUUUCGGUGUGCGUCGGGGCAGCGGCUUAACAUGUCUAAAGUGGAGCUACUGGUGUUGGGCACCUCCGCGGGUUUGGGGGUGGCGCCAGCAGCUGUGGCUGGGCCCCCCCUGCCUCCGGGUUGGCGUGUGGUCAACACCGCAAAGUCGCUCGGGGUGCACUUUGGUGAUUGGACGACGGCCACCCCGCCAGUGGCUUUUGACGGGGUGGUGGGAGUGCUUGGCUUGAUUGUGCGUAUGCCUGUUUCGAUGUUUGGGCGAGCGGCGGCGGCCUCGGCAUAUGCCCUUAGCAAGGUCCUGUACCAUCUGGAGUUUGCGGGCUUCCCGUCGCCGUGGGCGCCGGUUGGCAAGUUGUUAGGCCAGGUGGCGGCGGUUGUUGAUCGGCGGCUGUCGCCGGUUAAGUAUGCGGUCGCACCCCAUGCUCGUCCGGUGGGGGUGUCCCUUGACAUCAUGCAGGUGCCGCCGGCUCUGGGUGGUGUAGGGCUGCUGCCUCUUCAGCUGCACGUGCAGGCGCGGCAAGCUGGACUGGCGCCGCCUGCUGGGCUGGCGCCGCCGGUGUGGGAUGUAGUGUGUUUGGCUGCGCUGUCUGCCCUUGACUCGGGCCGGCAGCAGGUGAUUAUGACUGGCUUGCGUGUGCGUCGGGCUCUGACGUCGGCGGAAGUCAUGCGCAUCAGUGUGUCCGUUAUUGCUGAUUUCUGGGGCCGGCUGCAAUCAUAUGUCAGUCUCGGCCUCCGCCCGAAAGCCUGGGCCACGGUGCCUGCGCACCAUCCGUUCCUCUCGCGGGGUGCGGGUGACUGUGUGCUGCUAGUGUUGCCUGAUGAUGUGGGCUCCCCGCCCCCCUCGCCUUAAUUUGCUCGUGGGUGGUGGGAGCGGUGUGCCUCUGGUGUGUGCGCUGUGGGUGUGGGGCGUCGACGUGGGCGUCGCCGGACUACGUGCCCGGUGUACCUGCGUUGACGCCUCGCCGGUUUGAUUGCGCCUCGUGCGCUAGUGCGGUUUGCUGUACGUUGGUGGGGCUUUGGCGGGCUUGGGCUUAGCUUCGACUCGCUGUGCAGCUGCCGAGACACGCAUUACGCGAAGACCUGUUGCACGGUUGUGGAAGGUCGGUAGCCAACUGGGGGGAGGGUGGUUUCCUUUCGGGCCGGAGAUGGUCCCUCUUGACCUGGGUGCACGGGCACCCUUGCUUGGUCGGAUUGUCCCUUCUUUGUAAUAUCGCAACCUAACAACAGCCUCUCCUUCGCGGGUGCCGGCGUCUUUGGAGCCCAGAGACCCUCGUCCCAGAGAUUGACGGGGGAGCUUCGCUGGCACUGGUGCUGCGGCGUUGUAGGGGCCGGCUGGCCGCAUUUCGGUUUGUGUUGGCCCCCUUCGUAUCAGGAGCUGGCGUCGACAAGGAGCAUGAGGCCUUCGUCCAGAGAUAACGUUGGCGCUCCGUUAUUGCUGGUGACUGUGUUGUUGGGUGUUGGCAUGCCGGGCAUGUUGGUUCUUGCGUCGGCUUCUGUGUUGCCUGCCGUUUGUGAGCCUUCGGGCUGAUUUCAGACUCCAGACCGUGCCUUCGGCACAGACAUACAGGCGGUUUGGGGCGUUGCCCCGUGUUGAGCCUUCGGGCUGGGACCAGAAUGUGCCUCGGCACGCUCGCGAAUUUGGGGCACUGCCCUGCAGAUGUGCCUUCGGGCUGGGACAUGCUGUGCCACCUGGCACCAGAUACGAGCAGUGCUUUGCGUUUGAUUAGGCGUCGCUGGACUACAUGCCCGGUGUACCUGGUUUAGCGUCGGGUGCUGUAGACAGCGCUUCAUGCGCAGACACGGGUUGCCGCAGGAUGUGGGGCUUUGGCGGGCUUAGGCUUGGCUUCGACUCACGAGUGUUGCACCCGAGACACGCUUUAUGCGAAGACCUAUUGCACGGUUGUCGAAGGUCGGUAGCCAACUGGGGGGAGGGUGGUUUCCCUUCGGGCCGGAGAUGGUCCCUCUUGACCUGGGUGCGGGGCACCCUUGCUUGGUCGGACUGUCCCUUCUUUGUAAGAUCGCAAUCCUAACAACAGCACCAUAAACUUUGGGGCAUAAAUACGUAGCCUCUAGGGCUCAACCCCUAGCCCGCGAGCCUUUGCUCGCGUGGGGGCGCACAACAUCUUAGUUGUAGACCUUGGCUUUCGUUUCCAAAUUUUUGUCGCCUGUUCCAGGCGCUUUUAUGAGAUUGGUUCAGACAGGGUUGGGGUUCAGACAGGCGCUCAGCGCCGAGCUUUGGUUUCGAAGUUCCAUGGCGGCCCGCGGGCGGCUGGUCGCAUGAGUUCUUCGGUGUUGUGUUGUCAGAGGUUUCUGUGUUUGCAGGUAGUGGGUAGCCCUCGUGGUCGCCCUUGGCCCGGCGCAACGGCUGGCGCAUCGGUGCCUCGCCUGUGUGCUCCUCGGCGCCUUUCCUCGUGGCGCCCAGUCAGCCGUCGUCUCUGUCUGCGGUCUUCCUGGCUCUGCAGAUUUUAGCCCUGGGGGUUUUAGCUCGCAGCAUACGGUUCACGGACCGGUAGGCGCGUGGUGACCGCAGUCGGGUAGUCCCGGGUUUGGGGUGUGUGUGCACGGGCGGCUGUUGCCCGGGCGCCCGGGCGACUGUUGGCUCUUCUCGUCUCCGAGUGCCGCUGGGGCUUGUGUGGAGGGUCGGCCUGGGUCGUUGGUUGGACGGAUGGUGGGUGGUGCGCCCUUUGCGAGGGGCUGUGGUGUGCUAUGGCUUGGUGGUGUUUCGGCUUGGCUUCCGGUUCCAGUUGUGCCUCGGCACAGACUAUCAGACAUGGGCCUUCGGGCCAAGACAUUGCGCGUCUCUGACGCCAGCCAUCGUCUUCGGACGUGAUAUUUGUGUGGUGCUUGCGUUUGAUGGGGCUGUCGGCAGACCACUGGCCUGUCGUGCCUUGUUUUGCGUUGGCGCUGCCGCCAAAAGACCUAAACGAGAUGAGGGGUGUUACGUGGCGGUGGGGCUUUGGCGGGCUUCGGCUUGGCUUCGACUCAUGCGCGUAACGCUAUGAAGGUCGGCAGUCAACCAGGGGGUGGGUGUUUCUCUCUGGGCCGGAGACGGUCCCUCGCGGCGUGGGUACGGUGUACCCCCGCUUGUCGGACUGUCCCUUCAAUUGUAAUUCGCAUCCU